GGGAAAUGAAAUAUGCUCACCAAAGAAAAGGAGGUUUAGAGAUCAUAUGGGAUAUUGCUGUCAGGGAUAUUUUUAGGAAUCUGUCCACCUCUUACCUAAACACACAGGGUUACAUCAGAUGUGUCCCAAUUACCCCUUUUGAAUAACUCCUACCACUCGGCCUCAUGCUGAUUGAAAAAGAACAAUGAAUGAAUUGGGUGGAUUCUGGUGUGACGCCACUAAUCCCCACACUACAAAUCAUCGGCUCCUUCAGCCUCUGCUCCACAUUGAGCCCUGAAACUCGCCGCUGGAUCCUCCUCAUCUGCCACAGAGUUUAAAGCUGGUCUGAAAAGCAAAAUAAAAGCAUGGCUGUAGUCAGUGGAACUUACCGUAUGGUGUCAGAGGAGGAGCAGGCCCUCAGGACCAAGCUGGAGCGUCUCACUGUGAAAGACCAUGGACCGGUGUUUGGAUCCUGUGUUCAGCUGCCAGACCACACCAGGCAGAAGGCCAAGGACGAGCUGAAUGAGACCAAUGAGAGGAGAGUGUCUGCAGUGAAAGAGCUGCGAGCGAUGAUUAAGGAGAAGGCAGACGGGGGAGAUGAUCUGGCCAAAGGGGUGCAGGACACCUUUGGAGAGAAACCAGACAGUUUGUUGGUCCGCUUCAUCCGCGCCAGGAAGUACGAUGUGGUCAGAGCCUUUGAGCUGAUGAAGGGGUAUGUUCGUUUCAGGAAGGAUUACCCUGAGUUGUUUGAGAAUCUGACCCCAGAGGCAGUACGCAGCACUAUCGAGGCCGGCUACCCCGGAAUCCUGCACAGCAGAGACAAAUACGGCCGUGUGGUUCUGCUCUUCAACAUCGAGAACUGGGACUAUGAAGAGAUCACUUUUGAUGAGAUCUUGCGUGCCUACUGUGUGAUCCUGGAGAAGCUGCUGGAGAAUGAGGAGACCCAGAUCAAUGGGUUCUGCAUCAUUGAGAACUUUAAAGGCUUCACCAUGCAGCAAGCCUCAGGAAUUAAACCCACUGAGCUGAAGAAGAUGGUGGACAUGCUGCAGGACUCGUUCCCCGCCCGUUUCAAAGCUGUGCAUUUCAUCCACCAGCCCUGGUACUUCACCACCACCUACAACGUGGUCAAACCCCUCAUGAAGAGCAAACUGCUAGAAAGAGUGUUUGUUCACGGAGAUGAGCUGGAAAAUUACUACAAGGAGUUUGAUCCCGAGAUUCUUCCUGCUGAGUUUGAUGGAAAAGGCUCCAAGUAUGAUGGCAAGGCCACAUCCGCCAAGCUGUUUGACUGAGCGUGCUCCUUCCCGUCACCAACCAGGCUGAGCGUUGUUAAAAGCCCUAGACUUGAGAAUCAAAGCCCUACCUAGAUGUCAGCCUGUGCUAAUGAAACAUAUGAGUGAGUUUGAAAUGGUCCUGAUGGAUUAUAGACACAUAGGAGGAUGUGAGGCUAUUUUCAGUUUGCUACCACCAAACCACCAGUUUAGCUCUUUAGUGUCUGAUUCCUGGUCUGCAAGCUCACUUGGACAUUUCUCACCAUGAUUCCUGAAAGGCCACAAACAGGCAGAAAUUUCCAAAGCAUGCUGUGAUGUAAGCGCAACAGAAAGAGAUGUCUACGUGUGCAAACAUAAUGUUCACCGAGAAGGAUUGGUUGUCUUAAGCAGAUUUCUAGAUUACACAAAUUGUUUUACGCAGCAAGUGAUCAGAAACCACGGGCUGCCCUGGAGGUGGAAUUAAAUCUAAAAUGCUCCAUUGUUCAGAAAAUAGUCAACAUUUUGGUCAAGCUGUGGUAAAUCCAAUCUGCUUAAUCAUGAACAAGUGAGUUUUUGUCUCUCCUGCAUUCAGAUUGGUUUUGUUCGGAGGGAAGUGCAGCACACAGCUUGUCUGAACACUGGCUGGUCCCAGCUUCCACCCCGUUUCCUACGAGGCUCUACUCCAGCAAGUGCCUGCCUGUCUGUGUGUUUUGGUUUUAGAUCAUUUUGUCCCAGCUGCUGUGGAACACUGAUAGGAAUGUGCAAUAAACUGUAUAUAAAUAUAA